AUGCCUGCCUCAUCCAUUGUCAAGGUCGCCGCCAUGGCCCUGGUGGGCUCAGUAUCAGCCGCUCAGAUGUUGGCGCCCACGAACGACAUCAACCUUCCAGCGAGCGAGACUGCUUCCGAGCCUCUCAAGUGGCUAGGUGCCAAUAGCCCGUGGUUCGCUGGACCAAACGUCUACAACAUCUCUUCAGAGAUCCCGGAGAACUGCUAUGUUGACCAGGCUGCUUACGUCUCCCGUCAUGGAUCUCGCUUUCCGGACACUGGCGCCUACGCCGGAUGGGUCGACAUGCAAGAGCGGUUUUCCUCGGGCAACUAUACCGCGACUGGCAGCCUGUCCUUCAUGAAGGACUGGCGGACUGUGUUGACAAACGUGGGCCUGCAGAUUGCAAUGGAGUCCCCGACCGGUGCAAAGGAGGCGCAUGACCUGGGCUAUACCCUCCGCACGAGAUACCCGCAGCUCUACAACGAGGGCGACGACUUCUAUGUCUGGUCUAACAACUACACCCGUGUGCUCCAGACUGCCCAGAUGUUCGCUCAGGGUUAUCUUGGCUUCACAUCUAGCACAUAUGGCAAGGUCAUCUCCGUGACGUCGAAGGGAUACACUGGUGCUAUCGGCAACUCUCUGGGCCCAUCCGACCAGUGCCCCAAUUUCAAUGAUAAUUCUGGCGGCGACUAUGCUACAGAGUGGGCAAAUGUAUACAUCCCGCCUAUCAAGGAGCGCCUGGAGAGCCUGAUCGAGGGCAACUUCACGUUCGAAGACAACGAUAUCUCCCAGAUUCCCUACCUUUGUGGAUUCGAGAGCCAGAUCACGGGGCGGCUGUCCCCCUGGUGCGGCGUCUUCACCGACUACGAGCUGCAGCAGUACGAGUACUCCAAUGACAUCCGCUACUACUACGGCCUUGGUCCAGGCACCGACCUCGAGCAGACGAUGAUGCUACCGUACCUGAACGCCCUGAUAGGCCUCCUCGAGCAAGGCCCAGGCACCAACGGCACCGCUCAGGACGGGGGCAGCUUCACACUCCCGAACCUGCUGGCGACCUUCAUCAACGACGGCCAGCUCGUCGAGCUCAUCACCGCGAGCGGCGUGUUCGAUGACGAGCCUGCUCUCUCGGGCACCGAGAUGAACCCCGACCGCCUCUUCAUCGCCUCCCACUUCACCACGAUGCGAGGCACCAUAGCCUUCGAGAGGCUGAACUGCAUCGUAGACGGCAGCACCGGGAACGGCACAUCUGGCACAGCCUCGACCUGGAACUCCAGCACGACGCUCACAACAGCCACAGCUACGGGAACCGGCUCCAUCCCCCCCUCAACGGCCCUGGCCUCCGCCAACGCGACAUACGUCCGCAUCAGGCUCAACGACGCCGUGUACACUCUGCCGUCCUGCAACGACGGUCCGGGCCAGUCCUGCCUCCUGAGCGACUAUGUCCAGUACCUCUCGGACAAGGCUGCCGCGGCCGGCGACUGGGUGUCUAAUUGCAAUAUCACCGUCGCGGGUGCCCCUACCACUGUGCAGGGCGCGAGCUUCUACACGGACCUGACGAGCCCUUGGUUGCAGGAACUUAACCCUGGUAACGUCGUCCUCUCGAAUUCGUAG